AUGUCUUUCACUGUCCCUGACAGAGUCCUUUGGCUCGGCAUAGGUGCAGGCAUCUACGCCCUCGUCCGCGCCGUCAGCUACGGCCUGCACGACGUCUACAACCUGACCGAAGUUGCGCCCGCGCCUGACUCGCCGCGCGCUGUCGCACAAGGCACCGAAGAUGACAUUCCGCUGCCGAGCCUGCAGGUCCUCGCGACCCAGCAUCCCAACCUCGAGAUCCGCAAGGCUGCAACCUCGAUCGUGACGACGCGCGUUCUCAACGAUCCUUCCACCAUCCGCCGCAUCCUCGCUGACUACAAGAAGCCUGACGGGGCGCCCGACCAGCGCGCUGCCCGCAACGCAAUCCAGCUGAUCCGCUCCACUAACGGCGUCGACCUUGAGGAUUGGGACGAGGAGCACAAUGAAGAUGACGCUGCCGCUGCGUUCGAAGUGGGCUUCGAUGCCACUGGGCGCGGCGGUGGUCGCUCGCGCUCGACUGCCGACAUGCGGCGCGAAAUGGCAAACCGCUACUGGGCCGUGGAGCACGUUGAAGGCGACGAUUGGGACGAUGCGUCUGACGACAAUAGUCAUGCCGCAGACGUGACGUCUGAUGACGGGAAUGACGACCAGGAUUUGACGAUUACCGGGCAUGUCGUCACCGAGAAUAAUGACUCUGAAGCACAACCUUCAAGACGUGGCGGCGAAUUCGACGCCUUUGUCGAGGCUGACGUAUCCGCACUAUUUGAAGACCUCGGUCGUCCGGACUCAUCUCCCGAUGGCGUUGAAGCUGCCUAUGGAACCACGGCUGCUGCCCCCAACAGCGUCCUCCAUGAGGACGGCGACACCGCACCUAUCUGGGACCGUCACCGUCUUUCGGAGAGUCGACGUGCUCAUGGACUCAGGGAACGGCGUCGUGGUGACACCAGCCACGUGGUAGAGGACGUGCCGAGACCUCACGGCAGGAGACACCUCCGAACUCGGAGCAGUAGAGAGAAUGAGGAAGAAGUGGCUCGGCGGCGCGUCAGACGCGAAGCUGUUGUCGUUAAUGACGGAGACAGGCCGAUCAGCCAGGAUGACAUUAUUCAAAGACCGCUGCAGCGGCGGUCUUACUAG